AGUUUGAUGUCAAUAGUAAUAGCUUUGAUGAGUUUAUUGAUUAUAAUGAAGAGGUCUUUUGGAAUGUUCAAGCAAAUAUUAUUUCUUAUGCUGAAAGCUAUGAAGAAAGCCUUCAAGAUAUUCAAGAGAAUAUUUUUUCUCAUGCUGAAAAUUAUGACCAACUCUAUGAAGAGUUUCAAGGAA